CAAUGUAUUUAUUAUUGUUAUUAUACUUGAAAAAACAACGCUAGGUGAUAGGUACGUAGAUGAUUUUAGUGAGUGUGUUACGGACUCUGCGAUAAUAAUAUGCAACAACGAUAAAGUUAAUACUGUACUGUGAACCGAUGCCUGAUUGGCAAUUAAUAUAUAGACAUUUUCCGUGACUUCCGUAGAUGAUUUAAAAUAAUAUAGUAAUCAUUUUUCGUCAAAGCGGUGGUUAGCGGAUUAGCACGCUUCCAAUUAUCACAUUCAGUAAAUCAUAAUUGUGGGUAAUUAAUAUUGAUCAAUAUUGGUGGUGAGAUGUUUAGCGUGGCGGCCGUUCACAAUGCGUUUCAAGAAGCUCUAGUCCAGGACGAGGACGUCGGCGUGAAAAACUAUGUGUUGGCAUAUCAGGAACUUUGCAAAUUCUGUUCCCAGCUGGGGGGCUUGUUCAGUUUCGUUGUCAAUGAUCUAGAGGAUAAGAUCGGAUGCCUAAAUAAGCUGGUAUCCGAAGACGAACAACAUUUUUCCACUGUUCAAAAUAUGUUAGACCAUGAGAUUUCCAAUGAAUUGGUGUUUUCUGGUCGUUCUGGCUCUGUUACGCUGUUAAGAUUGCAUCGCGGUCUAGAAUUCAUUAUUUUGUUCAUGUCUAAAUUGCUUCAACUUCAACCUAAUGAUAGCACAAGAAGCUCAGCUCAAGAAGCCUAUAGCCAAACAUUGGCUAAACAUCACAGCUGGCUUAUAAGGAAUGGUGCUCUGUUUGCCAUGAAUUUCCUACCCUGUCAAAGAGUCUUGUAUAAUCAAACUAUUGGCAAUACUUCUAUAGAAGAAACUUUGAAUUCAAUGCCUGAAAUGAUUUCCAAGGCUUCUAUGGUACAUAAAAGAGUGAACAAUCUACUUUCAGACUAUGAAAUUCUGAAAAUACCAUGAAAACAUUCAAAUUGACUGUGCUAUAAAGUACUUAGUUUCUUAAUAUUAUUUUAAAUUCAUAUAUCAGAUACUUUGUAUGAUCUUCAUUGAAAAGUAUACUUAGUAAUAAUUUCUAUUGGUUAGCUAUUAUUUGAAAACAUUUUAGUAAAUGUAAUUGUGUAUUUCCUUGGUCAUUAUGGGAUAAUUCUAGCUUUAUAUUUCUAUUUUUUACUUAUUUUAUUGAAUUUAUUAAAGCAACUCGUAUGUUAUACCUGGAGUUACCUAUUUAAAAAUGUGAAGUAAGUAUUCAAUUUCUGGUAAAAACACUACAAACUAUUCUCAUCAUGAACUAAUCAUAUCAAACUAUUUAUUAAUUUUAGUACACCUAAAUUUUCAACAUAUGAAAUAAUAGAAUACAUCUGGUUUCCAUAAAAAAAAAUAUUUAAUUAGUAGAAUGCUUGUAAAUGUUAAUGAUAGAAAGCUUAUGUAAUUUCAUAAUGACCAAAAAAAAAUUAUUAUUUA